CUCGAAUGAGAAACGAGAAGGAUAGCGCUAGUCAGGGCAAAACAUCGUGGUCCAUUAUGGUAUUUCCAUAUAUGUUCUAAGGAUUUUUGGUGAAUGUUUGUUUUUAGUGACGUUAAAGAUUAAUAGUGAUAGUUUGCGACAAUUAUUAUAAACAUUUUUAUGCCGGACAGCCUUCAAGAGCUGUUGUUUUAUGUGAUAUUUGUUUAAAAAUGGUUGAAUCUUGCAGUCCGGUGAAUUGUUGCAAUAGACGGAGAAAAGAUGUGAAAAUGAAGUUUCACAGGAUACUUAGAGAUCCUAACAUGAGGAAGUUGUGAUUACAUGCUAUAAGAAGAGAAAACUUUACUCCCAGUACAACAACGGUAAUUUGUGAAAAGCAUUUCACUCCAGAGGAUUAUGAAGUUAGUGUUCAUGGAAAUAAGGUACUAAAAAAGGUGCCAGUUCCAUCUGUGUUUGAUUUUCCAGCCCAUCUCAAGAAAGAACCUAGCCAUCGAAGGGUUUUGAAAAGAAAACAUGAAGAAUCCAACUCAAAAGCAACAGAACAAACUUUGGCUAUUUGUGAAGUAGUAGAAGAACCUGAAAAUGGCGAUCAUGCUGAGGAUGGAAAUAUAUUGGCAGCUGGUCCUUCAAACGUUACACAAAAUCUAGGAUUUUUAGAAUCAAGUGAACCUUCAAACAUAUGCAAUUUAAGGGUCAGAAGAUCACCAGUAUACUUUGGGGAUUUCAAAAUCUCUGAUUUAAAUAAUGUGCAGCGUCGGAAGAGAUUUUGGAAAACUGCUCAUGAAACUGUUCAUAAGUACAAAAAAAAUAACAAGUACAUAGUCAUGUAGUGAAACUCAUUUUUCAGUGCAAUAAAAUGAUCUGAAUCAAACGAAGAGUUCAGUCUAUUCGUGUUCCUAAGUACGGUGCACUUCAGUUAAGAUAAUUUUUCUGUAGUGAUAAUCAUAUAAGCUCAAUAAAUUUUGCAAUCGAAAGAACAAUUACAUAACUUGUGUUCUUCGGCACUGGUGACCCCUCUCCUAAUGUAGGAUUCUGCGGUAUCAACGUUGAUGAUAAUUGGUAAGUAUUUGGUUUCAUCUGGUUUUACAAAGACUGAAAUACCGAUUUAAUGUGGGUACUCAUUAUGUUUUAACGCUGCUGAGCACUAUUGCAUUACUCUUAACCAG